AUGCCCCCGGAUGUGCGGUGCUUUGGUUGCCGGACAGAGGUCCCAGCGCAUGACACGGUGCUGCAUUGCCCGGGUUGCAAAAAAAUCCUUGACCACCUUGAGAAGUUGGCGGGCAAAGAGGCCGAUGAUGAUGCAAAGAAAGGUAUCGCAGCAGCCCGAAAGGACCGUGAUGCUUGCUUCAAGCUGAUACAGGCGUACAAAGAGUAUGAACCCAAGCAAGCCUUGCGAGGCACAGGCAGUAGCAGAGCAGCAUGUGUCAAGGAACCUCCAAAGAAGAUCCAGCGUUUGCAAACGCAAUCAUACGAUGGUUGCGAGCCUGCUGCCGGGUCUUCGGAUGAGUGUCCGAUACGAAGAUUGGCAGCUUGGCCCCAGGAUGUUCUGAGCAUGCAAGAUCGAGUCCUGUCGGCCACCGGGGUCCGCUCUCGGCUAGAGCAUCAUUGCUCUGGCCAAGGUGGCACAAUUUAUGUUACCAGCAGCUACAGUGGAAUAGGCACCUUCGAGUUUUGCGUUGCAAGGCUUGCAGCUUUGUUCACAACACUGGACGACAGCAGGUUCAAGUUUUGGUCGGCCUGUGAGAGUGAUGCAUCUGUCAGGGCAAUGUUGAUGGAAAGCGAAGUGUGCCCCGAGCACGUCUUUGGCGACAUCUGCGAGCGUGUGGACCAGAACUGCAUGGCUCAGUUAAAGUUCAUCGUGCAGGCGUGCGAGGAAAGGGCAGCGAAGAUAGCUGCUAGCAAGAACACGAGUGAAAACAAAAAGAAAGCUUAUGCAGAGCUUAGUGACCGCUGCAUGAAGAAACUUUUCUCCGUGAGCAUGGAAGAGAUCGCCAAGCAAACCCCUCAAACUUCUAGAACGGCCUAUUGCUACAAGCAUGAGAAGCAGUGCCCGCUGCUGCCCCCGUGCAUGAGUGCAGAGGAUCUGUUGUUGGAGGGUGCGGGCAACACCUGUGUUGCCUUCUCCCCACAAGGGAAGCAGGCCAAAUGGAUUCAUCCCUCAGGACCUGUCGCCGCUGUGUGGCUAUCGUGGGCAGCAUGCCAUGCAGACAUGAUCUUCCAGGAAUGCUCCCACCUCUUUGACACCAAAGCAUUCAUGCAAUGCGCGUGUCCACCUGAUGAGGGCUGGUCCACAUCGGUUGUCACGCUGGGGGCUGUGGAUAUUGGUGUGCCUAUGGUCCGUCCUCGCAACUUCAGCUGGACCGUCCGCACUCACAGGCUGCGAAUGGUGGUGCCCCUGACCAAGGAAUUGUUUCAGCAGCUGCAUCCAUGCCCCCCUGUGCUCUCGGGGCACAAGUUCUUCGUUCUGGAUGCGGUUGAGGCUGCAUCCUUCGUGGGCUGUAGGGAGGAGAGCACGGCCAUCAGAGACUUUGGAUUUGAAGCCUGUCUCGCACAUGGAAUGCAGACACGGCUGCAGGACUACAAGGCCUUGUACAUGAAGAAGCUCACUGCUGGCGAGGCUGUGCCGAAGCCCAUCGUGGACCUGUCCCAGAAUGCUUCAGUACGAGGGCGAUUGUCCGAUAGGUUCCCAUCGCUCUUGACACAGUCACUGAUAUGGUCCUUCGAAGCUGAACGUAUGCUCAGCCCACCGGAAACUUUCCUUCUGAUGGGCUGGCCUUGCCUUUCCCAGGAGUUUCCGUUUGGCCCAGACUUCUUCAGGAAAUUCUCAAAUCGUGAUGUGGCCAAGGUGAUGGGCAACUCGUUCCAUUGCCGUUUGACCGGGCUGCUGCUAGCUGCAGCGCUGGCCUUGACAGAUGUUCGGGCCGAUGAUUCUUCGGUGUUGGAUUCCCUCGAUGCGGAGUGGGCCAACUUUCAGCUCCCUGACUUGGGAGAGGGUCCCAGUGGUCCCAGUCCCAGUGCCGAUGACGAGGAUUCCAAGGGAAUCCAUGGGAAGGGCCGCGGCAAGGCUCGCAAAGCCGGCGGCAAAGGCGUCAAUAAGAGCAUCGCAAAGGCGAAGGCUGCGAAGCCUCUGAAGUGCCGUGGCUGCCACAAAAAGCAGGCUCGGGUAGACGAAGAAGCCUGUUAUGCCCUUGUUCAGAACUACAUGGCCAAAUGCCCAGAAGCUACGGUUUGCACCGGUCGGCGCCGGGGGACGUGGAACCUCUUGCAAUACAUCGAGACCGUCAAAGCUUCCUCAGGGCUCUUGAAAGACCAGGUAGGCGAGUUCAUGAGCAAGGCCGUGUACCUGGAAUUCGCUCCCACGGCGCGGGGCGGCCAGAAGAGUGCCAGUGAAGCUGAGGCACAGUGGGCCGAAUGGGUUCUCAAGGUGCGGAACCACGACCCACACACGCUCUACGACAGGCAGGGCCCGGGCGGUUCUCUUCGAAUCUGGGUGGGUGUCAAAGAUCUUCUCACCUGGAGGCAGCAGUACAUGCACGAGAAAGGUGUCUCGAUGCAGGGAGACUCCAAGAAGAAAGCGACGGACCAGGACGUGGACAAGUACCGCUCGGAGUUGUUGAGCAAGCACGGCACGGGAGCCAGCAUGGGCUUCUCAGCAGUCGCUCAGGCUUUAGCCGUCAACGGCGAAGCUGCCUUCAGUGAGCGCGGCGGCUUUCUUCUCGACGUGCUGGAGCUGCAGCCGGACGCCGACAUCGCGGAGGACGACAUCAAGGCCGGUGCCGGUGCAGACAAUGACAAGGACUCUGCCGAGCCCAGCCCGAAGAAGCCGAGGAUUUGGGUUGAUCGUGACAGGUUGGUGUCAUCCACUAUCCGAACGGUGAAGCACCAGUACGAGCAGUUCAAGCAGAAGGCCCAGGAGCAACUCAGCAAGCAGAAGGAGUUCUUUGAAUCGUUUGAGCACGACUCCGACGACAGCAUGAAGGAGCUUUUCAAAGGCGAGCUGGGCACGCUGCGUACGAGGCUGGAAGGCCUGCAAGUCUGCCUUCAAGAUGAAGAGCCCCUCCGCGUGUUCUUGAAUGUCGUGGAGGAGUACAACAAGUGCCAGCAGCCAGAACAGCUGAAGGACGUGUCCGAGAAGCUGGGUGCGAUUCGUGCCCCCAUCAGCCAGCUGCUCGGAGGAGCUUUGAGGGCAGAGAAGGCUCUCAAGGCAUCCGUGGACAAAGCGAAGAAAAUGACCGAGAAAGCGUCUGCGAAGGCCAUGAAAGCGAAGGUGGCCGAUCCUCAGACAGCUACCCUGCCACUGUUCGACCAGGGCAUCACCCAUGCAACCCCGAUCCUUCAGCACAAGCUCCAGGACCUGACCAAGGCCGAGAACCCCACGGCGCCAGACUUGACCCGCCCCUUCAUCGUGCGUGUGGAGGACUGGGUGGCGUCCGCGUUGCAGGAGAAGACGGCCCUGCGAGUGGCCGUGGAUGACUUCAAGACUCAGUUUGAUCUCAUGAGGGCCCAGCAGAAAGGAUCAAGAGCAUCCAGGGCUUUGAACUUGAAUGCCGCAGAUGUUCGCUUCGACUUCGGUUUGGAGGUGGGCAAGAUCUUCAGACGCGGCAGUGUUGUUGGCAAGGAUGCUCUUGCAGCCUGCGCCCAGCAGCAGAUCCUGUUGUCUGUCUUUGGGAUCGAUGCAACGUAUGACAAGGUCUCCUCAGAGUGUGCAGGCAUGGCGUGUGUGAGAUUGAAUACCGUCGGCACCCGAUGCGUCAUGAUCACAUGUGCUGUUCAGCUUGUGGGCUACAUGCAGCGGAAAGGAGUGGAGGGCGUCAUCACAACCUCGAGGAUGUCAGGCUUCUUCCGAAGCCUGGGGCUUGCUGCUAUCGCCGACUUCAAAGCUUCCUGCUCCUUGGAAACGGCCACCAUUGGGCCGGGGGACGCCUUGUACUUGCCCCCAGGUGCCAUUGUUGCAGAGUUAUGCCACACGUGCAACAUCGGUUUGAGGUGGCCAAUCGUUGUUCACGGGAGCGUGAGCCCCAGCAUUGGCUUGGCCUUCCAACGACGGCAUGAAGAGUUGGAGAAGCUGAAAGGGAUGACGGACAAGGAGACCUUGAAAGCGAGUUUGGCCAGUGAGGCCGAAGUGGUCGCUGCGAUAAUGGAUGCCAUGUCAACAAAACAUGAUGGCCCGACUGCUGAAAUCGAAGCUGUUGCUGUUGAGCCGCCUGCGCCGGCAUCGUCCGAGCCGAAAGAGUCAGAGAAGACUGAGUCUGAUUUGCCAGCGGCAGAGCCCAAAGAAUCCUCGCCUGGCGAAGCCCCGGCCGAAGCAUCGAAUGCAGCAACACCGCCGCCAGAACAGGUGGGAUAG